UGCCUAUCCGCCUGCCGUAGACACGAUUAUGUUUCGUGUCUGGCGAACCCAUUCAGUGCUUCUCACGGCACGGGGGCACAUGGUGCGGUCGCGGCCGCAGACGGUCUCUCCGCGAGUGGUGCAUGCACGCGAGCCGCGCGACCGAGGAGUGCAGCGAACUCCGGAAGAUAAGCCCACCGAGGAGGUCGAAGGCUGAGGCGAGAAGACGGAGUUGACCGGACAAGUGCGAGGAGUAACAUCAAGUUGUAUUUUAAAAAAAGGGAGAAAAUAUUGAAGACACUUAAAAAAUAUGCUGGAUGUGUUGGAAGCUUCGGAGGAUAUUUUCUGAACGGAUUGUGCUCACUGAAGAGGUGAGAGACAGGAACUGAAAUCGUGUUGUAAAUCACAAAAAGUCGCGGUAAAAUUUGUAAAAAACAGGAAUGUUUAAAAGGGAAGUGUAAUAUAUGCAGAUGAUAAGGUGACACUAAAGUAAGGAGAAGAGAACUAAAAGAGCGAGUGCCACGUGAAACGUGUGCGUCAUUCCAUUUAAUGUAAUUCUGAUCUGAAGAUACCACACGGGACAAGGCGUGUUUACGAGAUAUCGGUAGAUAUCGCCGGUAAAAGGAAUUGCGUCGCAGGAACCAGCCCCGUUCGAGUGCGAGAGCACUCCGCGCGCACUUUCGGAGGCGCGAUUCGGCGCGUGUCCGGCGCGGCCGUGUGCGCGAAAAUGUGAAAAGCCCGGUUCCGUGCUAAUUAUGACAGCGCGCGAUACCGUGAAACGUUCUCGUCGAUAAAGUUCCGCGAGCCCCCCUUGUCGAUUUCGCGCUCUCUUCCUCCGCACGCGUGCCGAAAGUCCUUAAACAGUGCUAUCGCGUAUAUCCGAACGCGGGCAGCAGACACCCGAGUCCGGGAAGAUAAGAGGAAAGGAAGGAGCGCAGCUGCGGCUGAGCGAUCCACGUUCCCGGACACCGAGCCGGAAAAUCGGUGACUCACGAUCUUAGGAUCACUCGGGUGUCGUGAAGACCUAACGAGAGAGACCAGCCGUGAGCAGCGAGCAGGAGUUUCCCGUUAUCGAAUCUCGCGGUGACGAGAAGAAAGAGGGACGAUUCGUCCAUUCGACCACAUUUUGAGCCUCUCACGAGACGAAUCGCACGAUAAAUAAAAUAGAUGAACAACCUUCUGAAUAAUCUUCGCUCUUUCUGGUGACAAAAAGAACCGACGGAAAUAGACGAAGGGAAGAUGGUUUACCGAGGCAGUUUGCAGACGGACGAUCCCAGGGAUGCGCCGAAGCUGGUCCGGGUGUCUCCUCUGCGCAGCAGCAGAUCCGCCAAUCCCGGGUCGAAUUCGCGGGCCGUCACGUCCGCGAAGGGCCCGAUUUAUCACAAUUCAUUCGCGUCGCCGAUCGACGUCAAUCGGGCGCGGCUGAUCGAGGAGAGGCGAUUAGGACGCGAGCGGGAUAUCGAGUCGGUCGAGAAGGUAAUCAUGAGGACCACCGGCAUGAAAAUCGGCGCACCGAAGCUGCGCAACAUCAGUCAGAUCCGCGAGACUGUCUUCCUGGAUCAAUCGCUGACGCCGAUCGACAAGAUCGGCAAGCCAGACUCGAGGGGUCGACCGCGCAGCGUUGCUACGGGUCUCGAUGAUGGCAACGCUAGGGUAUCGAGGACUCAUAAUUCCCUCCUGGCGGACCUGAGGGACUUGGAGAGACUAAGAAACACUCCACCGAUCCAGCGGAGUCACAGGGGCCCUUCGCAGAGAACCGAAUUAAUGCUGACGAUCUCGAAUAAGAGGAACGACGCACCGACCUCGGCCAAGAUCCGGUCGGACAUCUUCAAGAUCCAGCAGAUGUUUCAGUCGACGGAUUCUUCGUCUAGGAUGGCGAACAGGAACAGCAACGACAAGAGGAUCAGGAGCGAUUCGGAGAAGGAAGAGAGGAAGCCCGGUGCGGAGAUCAACAGGACUCGAUUGCUGGCGCAGAAGCUUCUAGAGGCGUCCAGGAGCAAUCGAGAGUCGCUGAAGGAUCGGUGUAACAAUCCGAAAAACAUGUCCAAUAAGAUGUCGAGCAGGAACACGAACGGGAAGGUGUGGAGUAGGAUCCUUCAUGAGAUUCCGGAAAAAGACCCUAAAGACAAGCAAAAGCAGAAGGAAGAUGCGCGUUCGGAGGAUCAGCCGCGUCCUCCCGCCCGCAGGAGGAGGAAUUCGAAGAGUCGGGGCUGGAGAGACGCGGAUUACUCCACAGAUGGGCGUCGCGCGUCGGAGGACCGAGGUGUCCGUGAUCCCGAUCGUAGGGAGGACUCGUCGAACGGAGGAGCGAGCGCGGAGGAGAAUUCUAAGGCCAGUUCUAAUCUGGAAAGACCGGAUAUUCUGGACGGGCUCUUGAAGGAGUCCGACCAGCAGCUGGCGAACCUGAAGAGCGAUCUUGGCGGGAGGGAACGCUCGCGUAGUCACUGGCGAGGAUUCGUACAAUCCAUGAGGUUGCACGACGUGGAGCUCCACUCCGACAGCGAGGACCAGCGGAAGGACCUGAAUCUGUGGAACAAGAGCAUCAGUCAGCGCUGGCGGAAGCUGCGGCGAAGAUGCUCCGUGCAGGAGUCGUCGGAGCCGCAGGAGGCGCUGAUACAGGGUGGUGGAAAUCACGGUGUUAUACACGCGGUGAGAUCGACGCCGGCCAGCAGAGAAGCCUCGCCGGCCGCGAAGAGUCUUCAAGAUGGUAGCUCGCCGAAAAAACUGCUGCAAACUAGUUCCCUCAGGCUGCCAGGUACGACGAAGGGUAUCGCUGACAUUCAGCAUGUGCUGCGCAGUAAGUUCAGCAAGAUAAACGCCGGCAUCAGGAAGCGAAAGGCGCUCAGCGUGACGGAAGUGUUUCCCCCACAGAAGGAUAAUGCCUCGAAUUUCUACGUACCGAGUCCGCUCACCCCGUCUUCCAGUCAGACCUUCGAGGACAAUCGUUACGAUUCGAGCGAGCCGGCGUCCCUGCCACCCUAUCCCUUCCACGACAACCUGGAGACCUUGGCGGAGAGCAGCGUCCCGAACUCGCCUCGCUGCAACGGCAACAGCUUUACCUACUCCCAAGACGGCUACGAGCAGAAAGACGUUCUCUACGAGAACGUGAUGUUCUCGAGGUCCUCGCCGUCGCCCUGCUGCCCGAGGACCCGGCCCGUUCUUCAACGCAGCAACUCGGAGAACCGCGAGACCAGCGCGCACGACCACUCUUACGAGAACGUGCGCUUUCAACGAGCUGGCGCUCACAGAGACGAUCUGGCGUCGGGGAGUCCGUACGCGGGUCGACAUCUGGCCAGAAGUAACUCCGAGACCAGGGAGCACUCGUACGAGAACGUGCACUUCCAGAACGCGAGGAUCAGAAAUCAGUCGGAGCCGUCGUUCGAGGAGAUACACAUACCCAGAGUGACGCCCAGAAAGAGGUCCACCGAUUUUAAGGUCGGCGGACAGGUGAACAACUACUCAGGCGAGGUCACGCUCAAUUCCGCUGGUGGCAAGGAGGAUGCGCCUGCCAGUCUGGGUACGGAGAGAAGUUCCGGCAAGAGAAACCCGAAGAGGCUCAACAGUAGAAGCGUCGCGAACAUCCCUAGCUCCUCGGGCGCAAACUUGAAGGCUUGGCAAGGCACUCAAGACGCAGACGAGGGUCUGAAUACCGAUUCGGAGCUCGAGGAUAUCGAUGAAGCUGCCGAAGGGGAGGAGUCGCGUUUUUGUACCUUGCCAAGACCCGGUAAGGGCGGGGCAUCUUUUACGAUACUGACCGCCAGAUUUCUCAAGGGUCCCGGUCACAAGGGACUCGGUUUCAGUAUCGUCGGCGGCACCGACAGUCCUCGCGGGAAUAUGGGGAUUUAUGUAAAAACUGUUUUCCCCAAUGGUCAAGCUGCUGACUUAGGCACUGUCAAGGAAGGGGACGAAAUUUUGUCAAUAAAUUCGAAACCUCUUCACGGUAUGACUCACGCCGAGGCGAUCGCCGAAUUCAAGUCCGUAAAGGCCGGGGACGUUGUUUUACACGUGGGACGUCGUGUGAAUAAGAAGAAGAAAGAAACCUUGAGCCUGGCACCGGUUAAUCCCUCCGUCUCGAGGCAACCUGUUACGUGAAUUCGUGUAAAGAAUGUCGUAAUGUCGAACGAUUUUUCUGUCUGCUGAAGUUUCGUGAAUCUUUCAUUCUCCAAGAGUAUCUACACUACAGCAAUAUUAGUAAUUAUUGCUGGCAAUAAUAUGCGAAAGAUCGAGACAGACUGUGGUGCGACUUACCUCUGUUACUUAAUCUUUGGUUCGUGACACGAAAUUGCGUCAAGCUUGUAUUUUAGAAUUUAAUUUUGCUUCUAGCUUUUUUGUGUUUCUUUCGAUCAAAAAUGAGAGAAAGUUGCGUAUAAAUAAUUCCAUACAAUUAGGGUGAUUCAGAACGUUGAUAAAUUUUUUUUAGCAAAAGUACAAAAUAGUUUAUUGAUUGCUAUACAUAUUUUAAUACGGAAAUUUGUGCUUCCUAUCGAUAUUUUUUAUAGUUUCUUCCAGUACCUUUUUUGUUGUUCUUAACAUGAAAGUCGCGCCGAAAUCUUUUUCUAUAGUUUGAUGCAUUCUGUUAAAUGCAGCUGAAAAACAUGAAAACGCUGAAAACGUUUGUAUCGCAAUUUCAGAAUUAGAAUUAAGAGCGCAACGUUGAAGUUAUUUGCAUGUACUUGCGACUGCAACGAGUUUUGAUAACAUUAUUACAAAGAGAUACAUCGACUCACGUUUAUACAUAUCCGAAAUAAGGAUAUGUUGGAUCAGGAAAACGAAACGCGGCUACAAUCACGAUUUUCGUCAUAUUUUCUGAAUAUAUAAGAAUGAUGAAAAGCUAAUGAUGCCCUUUUGAUAUAUCACAGGAGAGCAAGUCGAAGAAAGCAAGGUCUCACUCUCACUUGACAAACAUAAUCAAAUGGCGAACACUGUCGAAUCAAAACGCGUUUUAGCACAUUCACCGGUGACCGGCACUGAGCUUUCCGUUUACGUCUUGUCAUGGACGAUAGUCAAAUAAAUAUAUCUUGUGCAAUUUAAUACUAUAAAUUGAGUAUUUUAUUGUACUUUCGGAUAUCAAAUAAUCCAAUUGGCGUGAACGGAAAGUCAGCUAAAAUACGCUUAGCGGUGAGUGUGUUAAUUGUACGGCCGAGCUAUUCGGUAUCCGCUAUAAUAUUAAACAUUAAUAUUUAUCAAUAAACUUAUAUUCAUCUAACAUUAUCUAUUAGAAACGUCGGUGUAACGAAGGAUCGUUGAAGCUUUCGAUUAAAUCGCAUUUUCUCACGUUUACUUAUACACGAAUACGGAAAAUAAACGCGCUGAGAGAAAUCCAGCUACUUACGAAACAGAACUUACCGAAUAUAACGCAACGAAGUCCUCCAGUUAGUAAUUAACAGACAAUUUAUUUUUGUAAAGUGCGUGGAAAUGUUCCGCGAUUUUUGUACAGUUAAUAACGAACAAAGCGACGUUUACUAACGUCGGCUUUAUGCCGAAUCAACGAGCGAACGGAAUCGAUCGUAUCAAUUGUACGUCAGAGAUUAUCGCUAAUAGCCUAGCCGGGUAAUAUGUCAUAGAAUCAUAAAAAUCUAACUGUGUCCAAGGAAAAAUUGCAUGGAUAACUAAAAGUGGCAAAAGGGCAGUCGAAUCCUUCGUCUAAUUUCUCUUCCGAAUCUCUUAUUAAAUAAUCUAGCUAGAAUAACGGCAAACUUUUUUACAUUUUUAAUCGUUAUACCAAUCUUUUUUACUGUUGUAAUGAUAAUAACUUUAUAACAACGCUAAUAGUAAUUUCACAAUAAUCAUAAUUUAGUACACGAAUUUAUCGAUACUUGAGGAAUGCGUUGCCAUUUUUAUUUAUUCUGCAAUGCAGGUCCGUGCAAUUAGGCACACGACAGAAAACCCAAAGCCCGAACUUUGUCGCAGAGUUAGGGAAGGAAUUAUUUUGUAACUAUAGACUAACGAAGAUCGUCCAAAGAUGAAGCCCAAAAAAUAUUUUUACUACAAAGACGGAAACACGCAUAGAGAAAGCGCAUAUCUAUAUAUUAUACAUAUACAUAUAGUAUAUAUAUAUAUAUAUAUAUAUAUUUUGAUCGAGCGAGAACGCAUUUACUUUAAGAGGAAGCAACAUUAUUAGUAUCUAGUCGAUUUGUAAUAUUUCCGUUUUUGAAAGCCCAUUUUAUAGUCACAACGACGAGAGGAAAAGAAGAGAAGAAAUUUUUAUAAAUGCUUAUAUACAGAUAUACACGGUGAUAAGCACACGCGAUUUAUAUAUUUCUUAUAUCCAUUUCCCAAGGUGUAACUAAUCGUAUACUCGGUAGAUUAAUGAACUUAGGACUAGAACUUAGGAUCGCCGCGCUAAUUCGACAAAGGUAAUGUAUGCUCCGUACAAUAAAACAUUUUUAAUUAAA